CAAGUUCUUUGUGGUUUCCUAUUUAAUCAUGUGGGUCUGCUUCACACAUGGUGUUUGUGUCCAAAUACAAAAGUUGAUAUGCAAAACACAUGACUUCUCACUUCUUCUUCGCCUGUAUCCUGUUCACACAUCAUUACUUUUUCGACUGGUGGCAAAACAGGGUCAUACUACGGCUCUGCAUUACUGUUACAGGCCGAUCCUCUGCGCAACAACUAUGAAUGUUUCCGGGGAGGAGGGAGAGAGCUUCUAUGGCACUUCUGGAGCUCUGUGGAAUUAUUCUCUUUCCAUUUUUUACAUCCUGAUUUUCAUCAUCGCAGUGCCUGGGAACAUCUUGGCUCUGUGGGCCUUCUUUCACCAGAAAAGCACAUCUCCAUCAAGAGUCUUCCUGAGAAACCUCUCUGUAGCCGACAUAUGUUAUGUCCUCGUCUUACCCAUGCGCAUUAUUUACCACCUGUCUGAUAACCACUGGCCCUUUGGACACAUCAUCUGUCAGCUGUUAGGCUUCUUGUUCUAUCUAAACAUGUACUGCAGCCUCUAUUUGAUGAGUUUCAUCAGCCUGGACAGGCUCCUGGCUGUGGUUAUACCUUUAAAGUCACAAUCAUUCAGGAAGCCUUUGUAUGCAAAUGUAGCGGUUGGCAUACUGUGGGUGAUGGUUAUCGUGUGCAUGACUCCUACACUCUUCUCUAGAAGAAAACAAACCAACUCAUCUGGCAUUUGUAACAAACUGUACUUAGAAGAGACAAAUCCAACAGCUUUAAUUUCCACUAUUGUGGCAUUUGCAAUUCCCCUCGUCACUAUAGUGGUUUCAUACAUACUGAUCCUGCUGAAACUAAGAACAGUGCAGCAAAAGGAAGAACGACCGGUGAAAGACAAAGCUAUAAAAAUGAUUAUACUUAUUGUGAUGAACUUCCUGUUCGCAUUUGUGCCCUACCAUGUGUGCAGGAUAAUCUACAUUCAACAGCAGAGCCAUGGAAAUAUUACUGAGGGGCUGAGAAAAGCCAAUCAGAUAACAUCUGCACUCACCUGUAUCAGUGGUAUACUGGAUCCUGUCAUGUAUUUCUUUUUGAACCGUCCAUACAGGAACACAUUUCUUAAGCUGUUCUGUAAAAAUAGGGAAGAUAUCAUAUAAAAAAUGCAAAUGGAAAAAAAACAAAGGUGAUGCUAACCAUGUUAAAAAUAUCAGCGUGGUUCCUAUAGCACCUAACCGCAAAUCAGACAAACUGCACUUCCCCUGAUUAUUACACAUCGACUUUGAAAUUGUCAGAAUUGGCCAGUACUUGUUUAGGGAACUAUCAUAGGUCAAAGAUAAUUUGUCAGUUUGGGACCUGUUAGCUUUCUGGCACUGAA